AUGGGGGCGGAUACUAAGAAAGAAAAGAUUAAAAUCCUCCAAGUUUCAAACAUAUCUGUGACUGCCACGAAAGAUCAAAUCUUUACGAUGUUCCAGUACAUUGGGCGUAUUGAGGAGAUGAAGGUAUACCCUACUGAUCUGAACAUAACUUCAUCAACAGUUUCGAAGUGUGCCUUUAUAAAGUAUGAUGAUGAGCGCGCCGUGGAAGUUGGACAGCAUUUGACAAAUACAGUUCUUAUUGAUCGAGCCAUAGUUUGUGCUCCAUACCUGCAAAGUGUCAUUCCUGAUGAAGCUACGUUCACGAGCACUGGUGGACCGGUUACUGCAGGACAACGCCAGCUGCCUCCGCAUGUUGUGAACAAAGUUCAGGAGUUAGAGGAUGGCUCCUCUGUGUUGCUUACAGUGGAUCCACAAAUGGAAGCGCUUGGACUUCCAUCUUAUCCACCUCUUCCUGGCAAUACUGACUUGGCGAAAGUGGAAGAAAUCAGAAGGACCAUUUACGUUGGAAACUUGCCAAAAGGUGUUGACGGGCAAGCCGUUCUUGAAUUUUUCAACAGCUACGUGGGGGAGGUGAUGUACCUCCGUAUGGCAAUUGCCCCUGACACGUUACCCUGUGCGUAUGCUUACGUUGAGUUCACAAACCAAACAUCCGUGCCGAUUGCUCUUCAGAAUAAUGGCAUUGAUUAUCAAGGACGACCGUUGAGAAUUCAACACUCUAGAGUGGCAAUAAUCAAGCCGCAGGCAAAGUCCGCUGAUCAGGCAUUAGAGGAGGUCGAGGAAGCUAUUCGAAUGGGAAAAAGUGGGCAUUUUUUUCGUUUUUUUUUUUGUGCUCGCGACUUUACACUAACAUACCUCGCUUUACAUCAACCUCUUAGUUCAUUGCUUUCAACAAUCACUCUCUCAGAUGGACGCUCACGCUCACGCUCGCCUCUGCGUCGUCGCCGCACUCCUUCGCCAUCGCCUCGUCGGAGAAGCCGAACCCCUAGACGUCGAAGAAGUCGUUCCCGAUCGAAAUCACGUGAUCGACGACGAAGUAGAACUAGAUCUCGAGAUCGUAAAAGGAGCCGUUCACGGGAUAAGAAGCGUAGUCCGAGCAGAAGACGGAGAAGUCGGAGUCGUGAUCGUCGCAGACGCUCUCGUUCUCGUGAGAAGAAACGCGACCGCAGCCGAUCGAGGGACAGGAAAAAGGACAAGGAAAAGGAAAAAGACAAAAAAGAAAGGAAGCGAAGCAGAAGCCGUGAUAGAAAGAAAGAUAAGGAUAAAGAUAAGGAAAGUAAACGAGAUCGCAGUUCCGAUCGAAAAAAAGACAAGGAUAAGGAUAAAAAGGAGAAAACGAAGGAAGCAAAGGUAGAGGAGCUCGAUGAGGAAACACUGCGAGAGCGGCUACUCGAAAAAGCAGCCGUAAGGAGUGGGAAGGACGGAUCUGAGAGCGAAAGUGACGUGGAGAAAAGCGAAGACAAGACUCCAAGCAGGAUUAAGAACGAAAGGAAAAGAAGGCGCAGUGAGAGCGAUUGA